CUCUAUUUCAUCCAUUUUCGCUCAAGAGGUAGCUGGUUUGCACUUGAAGAACAGCGCGCCUUCUUCGAACGGAACAUUUUCAACUCUAUUCCCUUAUCGUCCUCUGCGGAGUCUAAUCCACGCAGGAUGUGGAUAAUCGUGGCCCAAUCCGACGGCGGCGUCCAUACUCUCGAAAUCGAUGACUUGGAGCUUGGUUCGGCAGUCUAUGCAAAAUAUGAGGAUGCUUCGGGUGCAGAGAGCGGAUCGUAUUUUCUGACGUAUGGUGGAAAGCAAUUGACUGACACGGAUGUCCUCGCAUCUCUAAAUAUUCGCGAAGGCGCAACUCUACAUGCUGUCCCUGAAGCAACCUCCAGUCAGACUGUGCCGAACCCUUCUCUCUCUCUCUCUCUCUCUCUCUCUCUCUCUCUCGGAGGUCGAACAACAAAUUAAGAAAUGGCAAGACACAGCGAGAAAGGGGAAUUUUGAUGCCGAUAUGCACAUACUCGACCCUGCAUCCCACCAGGCCUGGCUCCAAUUCCUGGAGAAGGACAUUGUCGACAACUCCGAAUUCUUUCAUUGUCGUGGGUAUUACGACCUUAAUGACCACGGUAUCCCGGUGCAAAGCUCAAGCUCCUUGGCGUACCAGGAGGUAGCCGACUUCAUGAAGCCACUACUUGUGCUCGAGUACGGUGAUUCAUUCUCUGAAUCUGACAACACUCGGGAGAUUUCGCGUGCCUUUGUAUCGUUACGCAAGACUUACCUUAUCAUGUCUCGCGUCCUGGCCGGUUUCAGACACCUUCGCCGAGCCGGCUUCUGCGGCUCUACAUUCAAUGUUCUACUCCUACAACCAGAGAAAGACAUUACGGAGAUCGUUCGAAUUCCAGAGACACUUCUUGCUGAGAUACAACAGGGAGUUCAAGAAGUGCUAGUCCAAAUUUCAGACCAUGGCCUUUCGCCAGAUGGGAUGUAUGUACAGUUGCUUGUGCAUAUUGAGCCGCCAUUAUGCCAAUUCUUGGGGGUGUUGGGACAUGGCCACAAUCCUGGCGCUGCGAGGUCCGGCGACUCGAUCCUGGAACUAUGCAGAUUGGCUUCUAUAUUUGUGGAUCUCGGCCUGGUCUGUUACGUAGGCUCCCACGGACGACGGUUCGAUUUGGAUCACUUGGAGAAUGACUUGCCCGCGAUCACGGUAUCAUCUAGUCACGCGCCAUCGUUCAGCUUCUGCUGCAGAAGAAGUCGCUUGGCUUGUUUGGACAAAUAUCUUGGCGAAAAAGAGGUUUGGACGUUCUCAAGCUCCAUGGAUGGGCAAGCAUCUUGUCACCAGCAAAACCAAAACACAAAGCGGUUAAUGAUUUUGACAACUAUUGAGGAUUUUGCAGACAUAUGGGGACCUGUCUGGGCCGCUAGCUCGGAUCACGGUGUCCCGAAUAGUAUCCAGUACUACCAGCUGGCGAGAGGAGUCAUCUACGCGGACGACCCGGUCAGGAAAUCGCAGUACGAAGGCUCCGUCCGAUGCCAUUGGACCAGUUCAUCCGACUUCCAGAGACGGCGUGAGACGAGUCUACUUCAAGGAGAAACCUGGGGCUCGCUUGCAACCGAUGCCCUCCUUUGA